CCGACUCCAUUUUAAUUAAUAAGAUAAUAUGGCAUGUUCAGCGCUCAGCGUUCAAACGAAUACCCUCAAACAACAAGCCAGAACGGAGCUUGCAGGAGAAGCUCAGAAGACGGACGGCUCUCUGAGUCCAUGUCAUGCACCUACAAUACAAUACCAACAUUUUAUUCCGCGGUUUAUAUUGCGAAGAUUCCAAGUCGGACCUGUGAAGUCCAAAGCAGAACGACAAAAAGAAUUUCGACGCACCGGUGUUGAUCCUGAAUACGUCCACUACUAUGAUAUUGCCACGGGUAGCCUUGGCAUUCGUCCUAUUGGAAAAGUUUACGGCAUCCCGAAUGUCUACCAGGACGUCCGCAACGCCCGUAAUAUCAACGAACUAGAGGAGAAAUUAGCGGAACUUGAACGUCAUGCAGCCUCCAUUAUCAUGGACUUGCAUAAAGCACUUCCUCAGGGUACUUUCACUCUGAAGCGGAGGUCGCUAGAGCUCCUGCGGAAGUUCCUGUUUAUCAUGCAUUAUCGCAAAGUAUCGUGUUCAGGUACCUACUUUCAAGCGGAUCACCCAGAGAACGCAGGGGGCCGUCAGUGGAUCGAGGCCUUCAUGAAGGCGAAGGGUAUUCGAUCCGCUGUCGAGAUAUGGCUACACUUCCUCAGAUACUAUCUGGACACGUCUCAUUCAGACAUCAUGCGAGAUGCUGCAAAACUCGUAGAGAAGUACGGCGAAGAAGGUCUUCAAAAAAUGAUGACUGAAUCGCAUAUCCCACCUGGUCUCGAAAACUUCCCGGCUUACACUUACCACACUCAUGCAAACGCCUACUUCUUCAGUAUCUGGGAAGCCGCGGAAGGGGAAGAAUUUAUCAUCACGGACAACGCAUUUGGAUUGUGGGAAGGUUCAGGACACGGCUGCACCGACCUGCACCGUAUAUUUGUAGUCAGCCCUCGCAUUGCUCUCGUCCUGCGCAAUGUGUUACUGCGUCCAGAAAUGAAAGGAUACAUAAAGCCGCGUGCGUUCGUGAGCUCCUUGCUCAACGUAAAUCCAACUCCGCCAACUCCGAUUUACACCAGUGGAGCACACGGUGCACACAUCAACCACGUAAAUUUCCAAUCCGCGAUGUCACUUGCACGUUACAGAUCUUCCAAGAAAGGGGGGAAUGACCGUUUUGUGUUCAAGAUCACAAAAAUGUCGCGACCCCAAACAUUGGCGUUCAAUUCCGUUGUAUUGGUCAAUGUGACGAAGAAAGGCUCUUUGACCUUCCUGUCAAGGGGGAGUAUGCUCCGCACUGCGCGUGCGUUCCGGAGUUCGUCAGCCAAUUUCCUUGCAGGCGACCUGCUCAUUCCACUCAUUGUGCAAUUGACGAAUACCAUGGAGACAGAAGUGUCAACUCUUCUCCCACCAUUGCAGUCACCAACGGACCUUAAUGUACUUACACUCAUUGGUGUAGGUGCUUUAUGUGCUUUUUUUGUCUUCUUUUUUUGGUUUUAAAUCCAGUUUAUUGUCCUUUGGGGUCUUCGACCAUAUGUAGGAUAGUCCUUUUCGCAGGGAGCUUACUCCCGCAUAAUCUAUCGCAUUAAAUGAGUUCUGGCUAUG